AAAAAAAGAUUAUACAUAUUCUUUUGUACCGAUAUAAUUAUUUUCUGUUUCUGAUCAUUACUCCCAUCAUAUCUCAUUGAAAUUUAAGUAAAAAUUAAAUGCUAUGUCAAUAGAUCAGCAAAAAAUCGAAUCAAUCAACAGCCAUAAAAAGACCUCAUCAAUAAAGGAUAGAACAAAUGAAUCUAUCCAAGAAUUAUCAAGUGAUACUAAAUUAACAUCACAAGAAUUGGAUCAUCUUUGUUCAGUAAUGUUACGUGCAAAGGAAUUUGAUGAAAAAGAAUCUAAAAUUUUUGAAGGACAAUUGUGUAAAUAUACAAAUGUGGUUAAAGGUUGGCAAUAUCGUUGGUUUGUCAUCAAUUCUGCCCGAGGCGUGCUUGAAUAUUAUGCGUCUAAAGAUAGACAUAAACUUAGAGGCUGUUUUCAAUUGGCCAAUUGUCAAGUGAUGCCAUCCGAUGAAGAUUCACAAACAUUUUCCGUUCAUUCUGCUUAUGGAGAAGUUUAUAAAUUAAAAGCAGCCAAUGCAAAAGAUAGACAAAAAUGGGUAGAUAAUCUACGUUUGGCCGUGCAAUUACAGGAGAAUAAAGUACAAAAAAAUUUAUCCAUAAAUUCUGUCAAACCGAACAACAAUAAUAAUCAAAUGGUUGCCAAUUCCCCAUUAACAUCAGAUUUGUUGAGCUCUUUUGAUGGUGUACAAAAUCAGUUAUUAGUGGCCAAAGAUCAUUAUGAUACCAUAGUAAAACUCAUUGAAAAUGUUUCAAAUACUGACGAAGAUUUAUUAAUCCUAAAAGCUACAUCAUUAGCUGCUAUAAAUUCAUUGGAACGAUGUUUUUCCGUAUUAGAAUCAUUAAAUUAUAAAAUCCAUUACAAAAAAUAAAAAAAUUCUUUUAAAAAUCUUAAUUGACAAAAGUCGACC